AUGUGUCGUGACUGGGACGGGGAAAUGAAGCUUUUUAACCUGUCCAAAUCUAUCAAACCUUCGGACAUCCAACACAUGGCUGAGAUCAAGACUUACAGAAAGGUUUUGGACUCCAACCGUGCUUCUCUUCUCCCCUCAGCAUCUUCUGAAAGACCCUUCACGCCCCCGUACUUAUUGUGGGUCUGUCCAGGAGUCUACACACUUCCACCCUUAGAGAUCGUCCAGCAGAGGUGUGGUAUGACCUCCAUCAACUUCACCAACCUCAUGACACCGUACUUUGCACGACAUCAAGUUAUUCAACAGGGGAUGCUUGAGUUGUGGGACCUUUUCUUGGGCCAUGAUGAAAAGGACUUUGAUGGCUAUGGACACCGUGUAGACCCUCAACCAGUCACACAUGAAAACAUGCUUUUGGUACUGCAUCGCAUCCGCAAUGGAAUCAACCCUGCCCUCGAUCCCUACCCCAAAGAUGGGGAACUUAAAGAGGCUCAUGUUCGUUAUCAGCGCUAUCUUGAAACAGGUAAUCAUAUACCCUUACUUGUAGAUGAUGAUGGUGAUGAAGAGCGUGCGGGAAGUAAGAGAAAGGCUGCUAAGAUGCACUCUGAUGCCUUACACAUUGAGGGAUCCACCAAGUGUGCGAGGGGACCAAGAGCCAGUGAAGCAGGGCUUGGUGUGCCACAGGCUGGGGGAUCUGGAACGCGGGGGGGCAAAAAGGCUAGAUCCAAAGCUAAGGCAAGUGCUUAG